GUAACCUCAUUCACUGCUUAUGUGUCAUCGGUUUGUCACAGAAGUUCAUCAAAAUUUUUUGUUCAUUUUCCAUUUUCAAUCCAUGUACAUCCCAGCAAUAUGGAAGAUUAUUACGGAGUACUGAACGUACGGAACGAUGCAUCAAUCGAUGAAAUAAGAAAAGCUUACAAGCAGUUGGCCCUACAAUGGCAUCCAGACAAGAAUUUAGAUAAUUUUGAACGAGCGAAUACGGUCUUUAUGGAAAUUACCAAAGCUUACGAAGUAUUGUCAAACGAAAGUAGCAGACGGCAGUACGACCUGUUUGGAUCUCAGCUAACGCCAAGAUGGGCGAGCUCAGAAGCUCGUUUCGAUCGACGCCAGUCGGUCAGAGAUCCGGAGGAUAUCUUCAAGGAAUUCUUUAGCCCGUCCGAGUUCUAUACUAAUGCAUCUCAAAGGAGGAAGCAUCGUAGUGGCAGUCCUAGAAGAGGUACGGGCAGAGAAAAGUUUUACUUCAAAGCAUUCAAAAGGCGAGCUGGAGAAUUUGCACAGUUUCCAGUUGGUAGAAAGGAGGAGGAGGAGGAGGAGGAGGAGGAGGAGGAGGAGGAGUAG